AUGGCUGCAGCCACUGCUUCCCAACCGAAGAAAAUGGCCUACGAAUUCACAAUUGAUGACGAAGAGCUAGAAGAGGACCAAAAAACUUCAAUCGACCAAGGAACGAUGUGCAACAUCUACAAGAUCAAUCUUCCUGCAAGCGCGUCGAUACUCAGCAAACAAAUCGCCAAAUCACAAGCGAAAAGAGCCAAAAAAGUCGAUCGUACUCGUCAGCGAAAGGAUCUCUCCGUGGUGCGCGAGGAGCAUUCCGAGGAGAACUCACUGAAUGCGUCGCCCCGCCCAGCCACCGCUUCAGAAGACGUCGACGUCGUCACAUCGGCACCAGCUUCACAACACGGAGGACGCUCUCGGCUUGACGCGGCGCCUGUGAAAAUACAACGACAAGCGUCACUUCCAGAUGAACAACGACGAGAAGUGGAACCGAUGGACGAUGAGGAGGCGGAGCUUCUGGCGAUAUUGUUGAGAGGAAUCGAGAGAAAUGAGCAACGGAAUGCAUUGAAUCUGAAUGCUUCUGUAGCCGGAAAUCAGCAGAUUCAGAAUCCUCAGAAUCAUCCCCCAUCGUACAUCCAGAAUAUCCCACCAUCCCCCGGUCUGCCACGUCUUCCACCUGGCGCCAAAGUGUCCGAAUGGCUUCUAGAGCGCUCUUCGUCACCUGAUAAUUUGUCUGUCGUCUCUUCGGUUCUUCUCGAAGAUUCUGGACUCGUAUUGAAUUAUCAGAAUAGUGAUGACGAUGAGGAAGAUAUCUUUUUCGAUGCGCAAGAAGAAAAAGAAGAAAAAGUAGUUGAUAUUGUGAAUAGUAAUGUUGUCGUUGAUGGUCUUGAGCAUGAAAUGCAAGGCCUCUCCCUUAAUCGGAAUAUGACUGCAAUGACACAAUCGUUGGUUCGAGUCGAAGAGGAGACAACAACGACAGACGGUGGAGGACACGCUGGAUACGAUACGAUGAAUGGUGGAAGAACCGGACGAAGCACGUCUGUUAGUCCACGGCCAUCGACAAACAACGAACAGUUUAUGAGAAAUUCGAAUGGAAGUGCCACUUUCAAUGUUAAACAUUCGAGCACGCUGGCACGUCUUCAAAAGUUUACACCGUCUUCUCAGCAACAACAAAUCAACGGAAACUCCACCCCCUACGAGACACCAUUGUCAUCGAGAACCACAAGAAGUGUGCUCCGUGUGCACAACGUAAACUCGACGCCCCGCCCACAAAAACAGAAUUCGACGGCGAUGAUGUCGAAGUCGAGUGUAGUCACGACGACGACGACUACGAGAAGAGCGAUUUCGGGAAUAAGAAUGCCAUCUUCCUUCUCCACUGCCGCUGCCAAUAACACCUCGCAGAAAUCCGUUCCACCAACAGUAACCAUAAAUCCGUCGACACCAUCACGACCCGCUUCCGUCGCGUCAUCAAUCGGCACUCGUUCUGGUGUGAACAUGACGUCUGGAACAGCGUCGAAUAUCGAGGGACUUCAAGAUUUGAUACAGAUGCAGGAGGAGGCUCUCCGCCGCGCCGCCCAAGGUGGUCAAGAGACCGAACGAAAAAUGUCAUGGCACAGCGAUCAAGACGCGAAUCGCCAGUCAACUUCAACCCAUUCAUCGCUUGGCUCACUGUGCUCGAGCAAGUCGAUUGACGGAGCUCACGCCCUAAAUAAACUUGGUGGUGGAGCAGGUGGAGCACCCGGAACUUCCAGAAUCCCGACGCCGAGGUCUCGUCUUCCGACGCCACGUGGAUCCACGUUGCCAAAAAGAGUACAUUCCGUGGCCGCCGCCGCGCGUUUUGCGACAUCGAAGCCAGAGUCUGCCGCAGCUGCUCACUCCUCCAAUCACGAUGCUGAUGAGUGCUUCUGA